AGAUCACAAGCUGCUUGUCUGAGAGAGUGAGACUCUGAGCUUCUCUCUCUUCUCUCGUCUUCCUCAAUUCUCUGGGUUUGAAAGAUCUGAAUUGACCUUGUGAAAAUGAGUGCGGAUCCAGACGGACAUUUGCAUUACAGCUUUGAAGCUGAGCUCUGCGAUGCAACGCCUGAAGUACUGGACAGGUCACCACCUAAGCCUGAAAGAACCAUUUCUGAUCAUCAUGAUCAACAAACUUCUGCACCUCUGGUGAUGUUGGGCCCUGGCGGCAAAGCAACUUCUUCAGGCAAGAGAGCCAUUGAACCGAAUGGGACUCAAGAGGAGGGGCACGGCGACAAUCAGAAUUUGGAGUCGGAGAGUGUUGAGGAUGAUAACUUUCUCAUCCCCCUGAACAUGACCGGAGUUGAAGAUGCAACUGGAGGGACGUCGGAGGAGAAGGCAGCACCCAAGGUGAAAGCCCAGGCCGCUGCUCCUGCAACCCGGCGGAAGAGAAAGCGCGGGGAAGACCCUAAAACUUACGUACCUCUUGCCUUCCGAGAGAAGAAGUGUCAAGAGUACUACUUCUAUGAGUAUGCGCCGUUUUUCUGAUUGCUCUUCGUGCUCAGUGAUAAUCUGAUGAAGUUGCGGCUGUUUCCCUUUUUUUCAUCAGUUAAAUCUUAUUUAGUAAUUUGUCUUUGGUUUGAUCAGAAGUGAGUUAAUUUGCGGACUUGGGUGUUGAAUUUGCGGACUUGAUGGUGCAAUAUUCCAUCGAAUUUACUGUUGAGUUUGUUUAUCACUGCUGGCAUUUUUGAAUGUCAAACAAUAGUCAGUAUCUUUUACUUAAUCACCUGUUUGGGUUAGUGGGAUGAAAUUUUCAUAUCUAAUCAGGAGAUGAGAAUGAAGGAUUUUCAUGUAUUUGG